GUCAUGGUGACCUCAAUGUCCUGAUAUGUGAGGAACUACACCAACUGCACAUUUACCGCCUUCCUACUCAGGUACGACGUCAUGGAUGGGCAUCACCGGAAACACGUCCUGGACGUUCUUCAGUCAAAACCAUUCCACUUCACACUGAAAGACUUGAAUAAACAGGAUGACUUUCUCUUCUGGGCAGUCAUGGCGGGGGAUACCUCCAUUGUACGCGAGUGCCUAUCUCAGGAAGUACACAACAUCAACAGACGUGUCCAUAAACAGAGAACAGCACUAAUGGCGGCUGCAGCAGGUGGGCAGCAGACGAUAUACCAACUGCUUCUGUCCGAGGGUGCAGACCUGACCUUGACUGACGAGGAGGGUAACAACUGUCUUCAUCUGGCUGUUGAAGGAGGGAGUAUGCCUGUUGUUGAGGAUAUAUUGUCCAGAAAUGUACUGGACAUCAAUGCACGUGGUCACCAUGGCCACACAGCCACCAUGGUCGCGGUUGUGAAUAGACAAGGAGAUAUCUUUGACGUUUUAUUUGCUGCUGGCGCCAAUCCCUACAUCCGGACAGAUAACGGUAAUGACUGCUUGUACGCAGCAAUAGUUCUAGGACAUAUGACCUUACUUAGGAAGCUUGUGAAACUGACCUCUUUUGACAUCAGUCGUAAAGAUCAGCUGGGCAGAUCUCCAGUGAUGGUAGCAGCUUUGCACGGGAGGCAACCAGAAUUUGAUUACCUGGUGUUGGAGGGGGGAGAUAUCUCCCAGGUGGAUGAAGAUGGGAAUGAUUUCCUGCUGCUGGCGGCACUGGGAGGGUCUGCAGGCAUUGUCCAACAUCUGAUGUCUAUGACCAUAUUUGACAUAAACAAACGAAACUUGAAAGGAAUAAAUCCACUAUUGGCGGCUAUUAACGAGGGCCACGAGGACGUGUUCGACCUCCUUCUGUCAGCAGGGGGCGCUGUUCCAGACAACAGUGACUGUGUAAUGAAUUCCGUUAAAACUGGAAACAUCCACAUAAUCAAGACGCUCCUGGCCAUGAAAGUGUUUGAUCUGAACACACGCGACAAGCAGGGCUGGACACCGACCAUGAUGGCUGCAAUGUAUGGUUACGUGGAUGUCUUCCAGAUCCUCAUGUCUGAAGGUGCUGAUAUAUCCCUGGUAGAUGCAUAUGGCAACAACUGCCUCAUACUGUGCAGUGUCAGUGGCGAGGCGGCGAUGGUGCAGCAUAUUCUGUCACUUAAUUGUCUGGAUAUCAACGCCCGUGGGUUCGGGGGCAUGACGGCAGUGAUGGCUGCUGCUAGUGAAGGAAGGGACGAUGUAUUUGACGUUCUGGUGAAGGCGGGAGCAGACCUGUGCCUCGAGGACGACGACGGUAACAACUGCCUGAUGCUCGCUCACACUGGCGGAAACUCAACUAUUGAAAAGUUCCUGAUGUCUACGGAUUUAUUUAAUCAAUAAUGUACCGGCAACAGUCAUGGUUGAUGCGCUACUGGAAAUGGGAGCUUCAUGGCUGCUCUGAUGGAAGCCAAGAACGUUACCCUCUGCUGUGUGUGUGUGUGCGUGCGUGCGUGUGCAUGUGUGUGUUUCUGAGCACAGUAUUUAGUAUGUGUGUUACAUGUCGACGUUACAGCUCGACGCUGGGAACAGAUGAGUGAUGCAGGUAGAAGAUGUCAGGUGGAACAGUGUUCGUGGAUGCCAUCUCGAUGUCAUGCUGGUGUGUGACGAAACGAUGAUGAAGCAUGCAUGUGAGAUACCCUUGGAUGAGACAUGUAGAUACCGCUGCUGGUGUGCUUAUGUUUGCCAUUUACAGUUUGAAACGAUGAUGUUUAGUUGUAAUAAGAAACACAUCUGCUUUAUAUGUGUGUUUAUACUUUCGCGAACAACCGGUGUCAUCACUGAUUAUCCAUUCAUAAGACUUUCAUGACUGUUUUACUUUUUUCUCCCAACUGAAUGUGUUUCUGCACAAAGUCUUGAUUAUUCCCUGGAGUUUGCGGUUCAUAUCAUACUGCUUUAUCUUUAUGUUAAUCGACUUAACGAGAUCCAUCUAAUUUGUAAGUGAUCGGAAAGACAAAGUCUCGCGUGUACAUGUGCGUCAGAGUAUUUGUGAAUUUAAAAUGGGAAAUGAAGUCAGUGCGUUGG